UCAAUGAAAGGGACCCCCUACCCCGCGCUUCCGCUCCCGAUGAAUGGAGUCCCACACCAUCUUGAUGUAACUUCGCCGCGCUUCGAGGAUCUCAGCGCCAUCUCCCCGCUGCAGACCACAUACGCACCUUACACAACCCCGUAUCCCGACAGCACAGCCAGUUCGGCUCCAUCAGAGGAUCCCAUCAUUGCAGAUGCAGACGAGGACAAGCGCAAGCGCAAUCAAGCCGCCAGCGCAAGGUUCCGGCAGAAGAAGAAGCAGAGGGAGCAGCAGAUGCUGGAGCAGACACGAGAGAUGCAGGAACGCACCAAGAAGCUGGAAGCCGAAGUCGAUAACCUCAAACGCGAGAACACGUUUCUGAAGAAGCUGCUCGUGGAGAAGGUCGACAACAUGAGCGACGACGAUAAGGCGUUGUUGGUGAAGACGACGGGACUUGGGACUGGGAAAUGA